AUGAGCUCAUCUCAAAUUAGGAUAUAUUUAGAAGUCCUUGAAAAGGAGAUUUUAAAUAAAGAAUUGUUCUUGCAAGAGGUGAGACGUGCAAUUCAAGCAGAAACUGAGGAAGGCAUUUUGCAAGAGAAUGAUCCAAUAGAAUGGAAGCAAUUUUUGAGUAAGCCUCUUUUUAUGCCUGACAGAUCAGAUCCCAUUGGAAUUUGUCUAGCAUCCGUUAGUGCCAGAGAAAGGCUAGAGUCGUCAAGACAGUUUCUAGCCGACAAUUCUGUAAAUGAUUUGGUUGAAAUGGUCGAAUAUCAAAAGACCCUUAACGACGGCAUGAGAGUCCUUCAAACACUUUUGAAAAAGCGAAUUGAUACGGGUGACAAUAUUGAAGACGUCACCACCAUACAAUUGACUCCUAAAGAAUUCAAAGAAUUAAAUGGCUCGCUCAAAGAUAUAAUGAAGAGAUUUUUGAUUGAUUACUUAGCACCAGACUUAUGUGAGCCAGAGGACGACAGCGAGCUGUUGGGAAAUAAAAUGAAUAAGGCUUUACAAGUUUUACUAUUGGAGAAGGGCCAAGUGCAGAAGAGCAUAUUCUUACGGGAAUGUGCGGCGCUUUACAGGGUACUUAUUAAAUGCAGGUUUAUCAGGGAAUUCACUUCAACAGAUCAGAAAUCAGAAGUGAUCAGUCUGAUUGAUUUUGACGAAAACUUCUGA